AUGGCCUCCUCACCCUCAUCCUCAUCCACCGUGUUCGACAUCCGCGAACACACCUACCAAGCCUCGCACAUACGCGAAUAUCCUCGCGCAACAGCCGUCUCCCAAGACGAACCUCUCCUCCUUCACGUCAAGCAAUACACGCCCAAGCACGGCGGCCCUCCCCGCAAAGGCGACAUCACCAUCAUUGGCGCUCACGCAAAUGGCUUCCCAAAGGUACCUAUGUAUACCAUCCGUCUCACUACCUUACCCAUCAAGACGAUAAGAUACAAACACAAAACGAGCUGGCUCGACUACGCCCGCGACAUCCUCCACCUCAUCAACACCCUCCGCCCUCCCCGCCCCCUCAUCGCAAUGGGCCACUCCUUCGGCGCAAACGCCCUCGCAAACGUCGCCCUCACCCACCCGCGCCUCUUCGCCGGCAUGGUCUUGCUCGACCCCGUCAUCGCCCGCUUCGCCUCCGUCAAGGACCACCUCCCCAGCUCCCCCGAGACCUACGCCUCGCCCGCCUCCCUCAGCGCCAUCCGCCGCGACACAUGGCCCUCGCGCGAGGCCGCCGCCGCCGCGUUUCGCUCAAAGCCCUUUUACCAGUCAUGGGACCCUCGCGUCCUCGACCUCUUUAUCCGCUACGGCCUCCGUGACGUCCCUUCUUCCUCAUCACCCUCAUCAUCCUCAUCCGCAUCAUCAUCAUCAUCGCCAUCCUCGUCAUCAUCAACCCCCGUCCGCCUCACAACAACAAAGCACCAAGAAGUAUUCACCUUCGUCCGCCCCCUCUGGCCCGCCCUCGACCCCUCCACCAACCUCCUCACCAACCCUUCCCUCGCCCCCGACGCCGACAUCGACCCAAACAUCCCCUUCGCCCUCCCCUUCUACCGCCCCGAAGGCAACAACACCGCCGCCCGCCUCCCCCACCUCAGGCCUCCUGUACUCUACGUCUUCGGCGCCAAGUCGGACGUCUCCCUGCCGCACCUCAUCCGCGAAAAGCUCGAGACGACCGGCGUCGGCGUCGGCGGCAGCGGCGGCGCAAAGGCCGGCCGCGUCAAGCACGUCACCCACCAGCAGGCCGGUCACCUCGUGCCCCUGGAGGAGCCGCUCUUUUGCGCGACGGCGGCCGCCGGCUGGAUCAGGGCCGAGAUGGACAAUUGGUGGGACGAGGAGAAGGAGUACGAGCAGUGGACGAGGAAGCCCCUCAAGGACAAGUCGACCAUUGACGACGAAUUCCAAAAGCGCCUUGCACUGCCCAAUCGAAAGAGCGACAAAACCAAAGCGAACCUGUAG